AUGCUUCUAAAUUAAUCAACAUAACUUUUAAACUUAGCAGAGCAAAACUAAAUUGAUAAAGAUAUUGACCACAUUAAUGAUAUAGAAGAUUCAAAAUUAUUUUAUAAAAAGGCCUACAUUAUUUUGAUGGAUUUAAAUAAAGACUCUUUUUUUAACAAUCACAUAGAAGGAUAAUCAUUGAUAGCUAUUUGUAUUAAUCAAAUGCUCUUAACUGAUUAACUUUAAUCUAAAUUACCUUAAGAAACAAUUAAAAAUAUUAGAUAACAUGACACAGAAUAUUUAAUUGAAUUAUUGAAGUUAUUUAUAGAUAAUAAAGAUGAAAAAUUACACAUAACAAAAUAGAUAAUUAGAUAAAUAUUUACUAUUAAUGAAGAAAGAAAUUGUUAGAUUUCUAAGUUAGUAUUCUCUAAUCUAAAAUUACUAUAAAAUUCAAUUUCAACAACGUUAAUCCUUUAAUCUAUUAGAAUUUGGAUAGAAUCAAAAAAUCCUAAAGUUAUUGAGUAAGUUCGAUUAUUUUUGGAGGAGUUUCUAUAAAAUUCAUGCACUUAAAUUAAUUAUGAUUCUGUAUGCAUUGAAAUAUUGUUUGAUAUAUUAUGUAAAUUUAAUCAUUUUAUUUUAGCUUCUAUUUAAUAUUUAGGAUUUAUUGAUGAAACUAAUUUUACUGAGAUAAUUCUAGGAGAGAUUAUAUAAAUUUUUCAUUUUCUUUGGCAUUAACUUGAAGAAGAAACUAAAGAUAGAAUGUUUGAUAAAAAAACUGAAUUUUGGUUAAGUUACAUUCAUAAAUUAAAUUAAUAGUUGAAUCCUAUAAUUCCUAUAUAGAAGUCAAUGUCUAGUAAGUUAAAAGAUUGUGCUGGUUUGUAUUUGAUUUUACAUGAUCAAUAAAAUACUAAGAAAUACAUUAAAUCAACAAUUAUCUUAUUAGAUUUUAUUGAUACUCUUUUUCCACUCGAAUAGUAAUAAGUAAAAUAAGGUUUAUUAUUAUAAAAUCUUAUUAAAUCAUCUGUAGAAUUCUUAAUAGAUCCUAUCUUAAAAGAUGAUGCAAUUGUCUUAUAGAUUUUAUAGAAAGUUUUAAAUUAGGUACAAUUAUUAAAUCCUUCUGUGAAAUAAAAAGUAUUUUAAUUAAUUUGGUCAAGAUGGUCACCUGAAAAUCCAUUUUAUGUAAAAAUUUUACAAUCUAUUGUAUCUAUUUUUCUUGAAAAUGAAGAUUAACAACUAGGAACAAGAAAUAAUUUUUUUUUCUCUAUUUUAGCUAUGGAAAGUGAAAAAAAAAUAAUUCAUCCUUAAAAAUUUCAUACUUUAUUACAAAUUUGUUAAUAUCUCUGUCUUGAAAAUGCACCUGUAAAUAUGGAAUAAAUAUUUUCAUCAUAAUAAGAUUCAAAUGCUUGUUUGAAAUUAAAAUAAUAUAAAAUUAAAAAAAGUUUUCAAGAAUUUUUUUAAGUAAAUAAUUAUUAUUCUAUGAUUAUCAAAUUAAUAUAAGGAAUUUAAAAUACAACUAAUAUUGUUUACAUUUUAAAAGAGUUUAUUAAAUUAGAAUGGUUGCUUACAGAAGGUUUGAAUUUAUCAUAAGUUGAAUUUGCUGAUGAGUUUGUUUAAUUUUUAGAACAAAAAUUAUAUCUUUUUUCAGACGAUUAAUAAAAGGAAAUAAUUGAACUCUUAUAAGAUUGUUCAGUUUCUAUGAUAAGUCGAUUUCUCAAAUUAUAGAAUUUGCCUGAUUAUUUAGAAUAAUAUGGAGAAAUUAUUAUAUAAAAUGAAUUUUGUUUAAAAGUAAUAAUUACUUUUUUUUAUUUUUAGGUUUUAGUUGAAGUUUUUAUCUUUAAUAAUCAUCCAUCAGAAUGUUUAAAAUAAAAAUGUCUAUAAUUUUUAGGCAUUCUAUUAUCAUAUAAUGAAUAUAAUUAAUUAAUAUUUAGAGAAUGUAUACGCUUAUCUGUAAAUUAUUAUAUUAAAUAUUAGAAUUUCUUAUAAUGUAUGAGAAAUCAGAAAAAUAAAAAACUAUAGUAAUCAAUGGAAGAUGUUCUAAAAAGAUCUUUAUCAUUUAUUAGAAAUGAUCAAAUUUAAAAAAUGAUUCAAAAUGCACCCAAAGAUCCAUAGAAAAAUAAAGUUUUUAGAUAAUCUAAUUUUUCUCAAUAUGUUGGAGCUACUUUAGAAACUUUUUCUAAUAUUAGUAAGGAUUGUAAAGGAAAAAAAUAGAUUUAAUUGUUAGGUAAGGAGAGUGGUAUAGUGAUCAAGAACUAUUAAGAUUUAUGUACUAAAAAAUGGAAAUCUUUUAGUAUACUUAUUGAAUUUAAGAAAGAAAGCUUUUAUUUUAUUAAUUCAAAUGCUAAACAAAAAGAAGACAUAUAUAAAGAAGAGUAGGUUUUAUUUAAUAUGAGUGGGUAGAUAGAACGUUAAAAUAUCAAUAAUUAAUCAGGUUAAAAGCAUAAUAAUAUUCAAUAAGUUGACUUUCUUAGAGUUGCCCUCUUAAAACCACCAUCUAUUUCUAAUGAAAAUUAGAAAAUUAAUCCAUUAGAAAAUUCUCUCAAAAUUUCAAUAUUAAAUUUUGAAUAAUAAAUGUUUGACAUAAAUUUCAAUUUCACUUAAAAAUCAAAAGAUGAAUUGAUUUUAUUAUUAAUUAUGUUUGAAGAUAAACCUAAGCAUACAUUUUCAAUUAAAAUUUAAGAUGAACCAAAAAAGGGUUUUCAUAUUAAAUCAUUUUUAACAGAGUAUACGAAGAAAUAUUCAGAAAAAUAUCAUAUUUCUUUAAAUAUAGGAACAUAUUAUAUAAAUUAAUAAUUUUAGAACUCUUUUUAAGGAACAAUAAAUAAUUUUAUUUUAAUAUAAAAGAAUUUGUAUUCAAAAUAAAUAGAUGCUAUAUUUUAAAGAAAUUAAAAUAAUUUAAUUGAUAUUAUUGAAAAAGAAAUAUUUACAUCUGGAAAUGAAGAUAUUGAAAGUAUUAAAUAAUUCUAUUUUUAGGUAGAGAAAUUUAAUAUUUGGAUAUUGAUAAACUCAAAACUUCUUUUGAAUUAGUAGAGAUUAAAGAUGCAAUAAAAAUAGCAAGAUACUAAGAAAUAUAAGAAUAAAAUUUUUUCAUGAAUAUGAUAAAAAAACAAGUUUAGCAUAAAAUGGAAUAUGAAAUAAAUCAAAUAGUAAAAGUUAUUAAUUAGGGAGUUAAUAUAGUUGAAGAUGCAGGUUUAGCAGAAGUGUUUUUAAGUUUAGAUAAUAUUGAAAUUAUACUGUUUAUAAUCUAAAUCUCUACUUAAACAUAUUUUAAUUUGGAGAAUUUCGAAAGAAGAUCUAGUAGAUUGAAAACCAUUACAGUUUAAUAACAGAAUGGAAAUUAAGGAAUUUAUAGAAGAACAAAUUACUUUGAUAAUUUGGGCAGAUAAUUAUUUUUAGUAAAAGAUAUGAGAAAAAGUAGAGAAGACUUCUUAAAUUGUCAAUAGUUUCAUUUGAGUUUAAAAAGAUUAAAUAGUUCUUAAUUAUCUUAAGGAGAGUCUCCUAUAGAUUAAAGAUAAAAAUGUUAGUAAAUAGAUACAAGUGGAUCUAUAUCUAAUUCAAUUAUAAAUGUUUAAGGUGUCCCAACAGUUUCUUAAUUCAUUUUAGAUUAAGGAGAUUAAAAUUCAUAGCAUUAAAUAUCAUAAAUUUAGCAUUCUAAUUAAUUUGACGAACAAAGUUAAGUUUUAUCUAAUGAUUCAGAAAUAAAAAAUAUAAAUUUAACAGAUAUGGUUUCAUCUGAAAAGGUUAUUUUUAGAUCUUCUAAUGAAAAAAUCCUUUAAAAUAAGUAUAAUGAAGAAAUGAAAGUAAAAUCAUAAUUUGUAGGAAGAAGAAAUUCAAGAAAUUAUACCUUUAAUACUUCUCCUAAGAAAUAAACUCCACUAAUAUAAUUUAAUCAAAAUAUAUUAGAUAUAAAAAGUGAUAAAAAUUUAGAUUUUAUUCUUGAAUAAAGAUCAUCAAUUUCAAAUGAUAUAAACAUAUUUUAAUGUGAAUGGAUAAGAGUUAAAAUGUAAGUAUUUGGAGAAUUAAGAAUACUAGAAAAAGGAAAAGUUAUACAAUUUCAAAGUGAUGCUAAGGAACGUCCUGAUUAAGAAUUCUAUUAAUAUGGAACAAUAGUAAUUUAAAUAUAUAUAUUCUUUCUAGAAUUUCAAUUUAAAAAAGAUUAAAACAAUUAAAACUUUAAAUACAGCUUCAAUAAUUGAAAUAUAGACUCGACGUUAUUCUCAUAAAGAAAUAGCAAUAGAAAUAUUUUGUAAAAGUUAAAAAUCAUACUUUUUUGUAUUAUAUGAUACUGAAAAAAGAAAUUAAUUUUUAAAUUGUUUUAAAUAAAAUAAUUAUAUACGUAUAGUAGUAGAUAGAAGAGCAGGUAAAUUUUUAAACUUGUAUUAGAGUUUCAGGCUAGGAAUUAUACAAAUAAAUGGCGUGAAGGAGAAAUAUCAAAUUUUGAAUAUUUGAUGUUAAUAAAUAAAUAUUCUGGUAGAUCAUUCAAUGAUUUAAAUUAAUAUCCUAUAUUUCCUUGGGUUAUUAGUGAUUAUACAAGUAAAAAAAUAGAUUUAGUAUAAUAUAUAUUGAUAAAUUAGAAUAAUAGAGAGUAGUAUAGAGAUUUAGACAAAAUGAUUGGUAAUUAAAAUAAAGAGAGAUUAGAAAAUAUUAAAUAAAGAGCUGAAUCUUUAAAAUAGACUUAAAUGGAAUAUUUUUUAUUUGGUUCACAUUAUAGUGUAGCAGCUUAAAUAAUAAAUACUUUAGUAAGAAUAGAACCAUUUACAACCCUUUAAUGUGAAUUAUAGGAUGGAAAAUUAGAUUAGGCAGAUCGUAUAUUUUUUUCAAUUCCUAAUAUUUGGGAUUCAUGUUAAAAUGAUCAUUAAGAUUUUAGAGAAUUGAUACCUGAAUACUUUUAUUUUCCUGAAUUUCUUAAAAAUAUUAAUCAAAUAUAAUUUGGUUUAAGGUAAAACUAGGAAAUGGUUGAUAAUGUCAUUUUACCUCCAUGGGCAGAAAGUUGUGAAGAGUUUAUAGAAAUUAAUAGAAAAGCUCUUGAAUCUUAUUUUGUAAGUGAAAAAUUACAUAAUUGGAUUAAUUUAGUUUUUGGACCAUAUUCAUAAGGAGAAGAAGCAAAAAAAAGAGAUAAUUUAUAUCAUUGGUUAACUUAUGAAACUUGUUGGUAAUCAUUAGAUAAAUUAUCAUAUCAUGAAAAAAUGGGUUAUUUAACUUAAAUUUAAUCUUUUGGAUAAAUACCUUUUUAAUUAUUUUAAAAACCUCAUAAAGCAAAGAAAAUAUUAAAAUAAAAUUUGUAUUCUCCAUAAAAUUUAGUAAGAAUUCUUAGUGAGAAAAAAAUAGUUUAUGAUAAAAGAAUGCUGAAAUUAGAUAAAAAGGUUAUAUUAAAAUCUUAUAAAGAGAACGAUAAUUUAUAUGUAUUAUUAAAUAAUUGUUCUGUUUAUAAAUUAAAGUAAUAUUUAAAAUAUAUUAAAAUAGAUAUAAUAUAAAUUUAGAGAAAAAAGAAAGUGAAGAAAAAUUGCUAUCUUCUUAAAUAUUUUCAAUAUAAGAUGUUGAAAAAUUACAUUUAGAAAAAUGUGAUAUAUUAAAGAAUUAAAAUAAUUAAAUUGUUAAAAAUUACAGAAAUACUUAACCAAAUCAUAUAAUUGGUCAUUAAUUUUAAAUGGAUGAUCAUUUAUUAUUUGUAGCUGGAUAUUUAAGUGGUGCUGUAUAUAUUUUUGAUCUUCAUUAAGAUAAAACUUAAAAUAACCCUGCAUAUAAUAAAAUUAAACUUCAUAAAAGAAGAGUAACAUGCUUAUGUUAUUCAUCAAAAUUAAAAGUAUUAUGUUUGGGAGCUAAAGAUAAUAGAGUAACAGUUUGGAAAUUAUAAUAAACAAAUGAAAAAAUACCAUUUUUUGGAUCUUCCCCAAAAUAUAUCCUUUACGGACAUGAAAAAUCAAUUAAAUGUGUAACAAUUGAUGAUGAUAUGGAGAUUGUUAUAAGUUUAGAUAAAACAGGAAAAUUAUAAAUACAUUCAAUAUUAUCUGGUUUGUUUUUAAAUGAAAUAAGAUUUAAUUUAAGUCAGGGUGAUAAAAUAUGGAAUGUCAUUUCAAAUAAAAAUGGACUUAUUGCUUUAUUAACAACGAAUAGUGAGAUUAUAGUAACAAGGUAUAAUAUAAAAUAAAUUUAUAGAGUUAAUGGCUUUUUAAUUAGAAGAUAUAUAUAUAAAAAUAUUGGUUUAAUUACAUAAAUUGCUUUUUAUCAAGAUUUUAAUUUACUUGUUUCAACUCUUUAAGGGGAAAUACUUUUAAUUUAAGAUAUAUCAAGUCUGCCAGAGUAGCAUCCUCUUAUUUUUCAUAUAUAUUAAAAUACAUCAAAAAUAGGAAUUAUUAAUUUUUCUUAUUGUAUUGAAAAUAUUUUAUAUAGAAAUCGAAAAUGAAGGACUUAUUUUUUUGAUUAUAUCAAGUGAUGGAUCUGUCUAUCGUUUUGUUUUAAGUGCUGGAUUAAGUAAUUACUUUUUUAUAAUAAUAUUUAGAUACUGAUUUUACAAAUUAUCUAGGAAAUUUGGGGAUGUGA